UAAAGUCGACCCUGAAACGGAGUUUGAAGAAGACCGACCAAAUCGUUGUGUGAUACGAGCGGAAGGCGAGAGAAAUGCUGCGAUCCGUUGCUAUCCCAUCUCCCUCUCCCUCUUUUGCUUCGAGUUUUUUAUUGGAGCCCGCCGCCGUCGAUCUCUUGCGGGGUCGGCCGGCGAGACCGAGCGUGGUCUGCAACGCGCAGAGGAGCAGCGCCUCCAUCCCGAAGCUCGAGCCUUUCAGCAGGAGCCGGAUUGAUAGGCGGAUGAAGGAGCCGUCUUUUUUGCAGAAAUCCGAGAACGAUCUCACAGAUUACUGUUCAAUACUUGAAGGCGAUGAGUCCUACAGCUGUUGGAGGGCCUAUUUUGAACUUAAGGAUCUUGAGAAGGAAAUGCCAAAAGAGGAUGUGGAGAAGUUGGUGAGGCAAUCUGGUGGAGUGAAAUCCCUCAUCGACUGUUUGCAUGGGAUCACAAGAAUGCAAAAGAAGAAAGAUAAAGAAGUCCAAAAUCCCACAUUAUUGAGAACAGAGACACGGGGGGGAAAACAUUUCCCUGUGCCUGAUGGACUGCCCAAGACCCCUGAAGAGCUGGAAGAAGAAGAAAAGGCUAGAAUGCCGGACUCUCCUUUCACCAGACUACUUAGAAGCAAGGGUAGACUUCCUGCUUGGUAUACACAAGCCCCAGAACAUGAAACUGAUUUGAGUUGCUUCUAGUGUUAGUGACUGAAUCAUUGUAAAUAAACCUUUGCAUGUAUGAGUUAUCUUCAAGUGCAACUUUACAGCUUGGGAUUCAGGUUAGUGCAGCAUCUAGAAUCAAUCAUAAAUCUUGUCUCAAGUAGACCAGCCAAGUGUAAUACCAUCAAUGGUAUAUUUGGUGGUUACUUUUUACCGAUCAAUGAUAUAUUUGGAUCAAGUCUUCUCUGUCCAA